GUCAACAAGCAGCAGGCUCAGAUUUUCUAGUGACAUGAUAAACCAAAGACAGCGAGAGGAUGUCAAUUGAAUUAGACGUAUUUGUGGGCAACACCACCAUCAUCGAUGAAGAGGUGUACCAGCUGUGGUUGGAUGGAUAUUCAGUCAGUGAUGCGGUGAGGAUGCGGCUAGAGAGUGGUGCUUUACGUGAGAGUGAUGCUAACGGAGAGGUCCUGCACAGUGACACCAUGGACCAAUACAGAACCUUUCAGAUGUGCGAACGGCUUUUGCACUGCCCUUCAAAGUUAGCUAAUCAGCUCCUCUUUCAGAUUCCUAUCCAGCGGCAAGCUAUGCUCAUAGGAAGGUAUUAUGAGUUUGACCAUAUGUUUGCCAGAGAGGUUUUAGGAAAGAAGCUUUCUAAAGGGACCAAGAAGGACCUGGAUGAUAUCAGCUCUAAGACAGGCAUCGCUUUAAAGAGCUGCCGUCGUCAGUUUGACAAUUUCAAGCGUGUGUUCAAAGUCGUGGAGGAACUGAAAGGCCCCCUGGUGGAGAACGUGCAGCAUCACUUCCUCCUGUCCGAUUCACUGGCCAGGGACUACGCUGCUGUCGUAUUCUUCGCUAACAGCCGCUUUGAGACAAGCAAGAGAAAACUGCAGUAUCUGUCUUUUCAGGAUUUUGCCUUCUGCGCAGGCCAGCUCAUCAGCUAUUGGACUGUGGGGGCUGUUGAUGACAUGAUGGAGGACAUGGAUAUAGAUCUGGAGAAAGAGUUUUUGCAUGAUCUAAAAGAGCUAAAGGUUCUGGUUUAUGAUAAAGACUUUCUGGAUCAACACAAAAGCCUUGUUUGCUUCCAGCUUAAAGGAAAAAUCAAGGUGUUCACUGAGAUGGAGGCUAAUUUUAAGAAUCUGUCCCGAGCGCUGAUCAACAUCGCAUCCAAACUCACAAACACCAAAGACGUGCGGGAUUUGUUCAUCGACCUUGUAGAAAAGUUCAUUGAACCCUGUCGAUCAGAUAAAUGGUCCGUUGGAGAUCUCAGGCUUUUCCUCACUCACUACACCAGCACUGUUCACACACUUGAUGCAUUCAGAGUCUACACAACUGCUUCUACAUUCAUUUUAGCACGAGUGUGUGUAAAUAUGAAGGCAUUGUGCCGUGUGCUGCUGUGUUUCGCGCUGGUCUUUCUGUCUGUGACGAACUCUCAGUCACCUGUGGGGACCGGCACUUACACGGAGUGCACAGAUGGCUAUGAGUGGGAUGCGCAGAACCAACACUGUAAAGACAUAAACGAGUGUGAGAGGAUUGCAGAGCCAUGUCAAGGGGAGAUGAAAUGCUUUAACCACUACGGUGGUUACCUGUGUCUUCCACGCUCUGCGUCUGUCAUCACUGCCCCCGAGCCUGCUGUCCAGACAGACCUAAGUGUUUCUGGGGUGUCCAAUGGGGCUUUCAGUCCCUGUCCUGUGGGCUAUGAGGCCUUGGGAGAGAGCUGUAUAGAUAUAGAUGAGUGUGAACUGGACCUGCAUGACUGUCAGCCGAGUCAGCACUGCAUAAACACACUCGGAACAUACACCUGCCAGUGUACUGAUGGCUACAGAAAGAUCGGCCAAGAGUGUGUCGAUAUUGAUGAGUGCAUGAACCGCUACUGCCAGCAUCGCUGUGUCAAUUAUCCUGGAUCUUUCUCCUGCCAGUGUGAGCCAGGCUUCCAGCCUGCUGAGAACAACCGGUCCUGUGUGGAUGUAAAUGAGUGUGAAAUGGGAGCACCAUGUCAGCAGAGGUGCUACAACACAUACGGGACAUUUCUGUGUCGCUGUGAACAAGGCUACGACCUCGACUCUGAUGGCUUCACAUGCAAUGACAUUGAUGAGUGCAGCUACUCCAGUUAUCUGUGUCAGUUCCAGUGCGUGAACGAACCAGGUCGAUUUUCCUGCGUGUGUCCACAGGGGUAUCAGCUACUCGGCUCACGCCUCUGCCAAGAUGUGAAUGAGUGUGAGUCAGGCACCCAUCAGUGUACAGAAGGACAGAGCUGUGUGAAUAUUCAUGGAGGAUACCAGUGUGUGGCCUCCAAUCGCUGCCGUGAUCCUUACAUCCAUGUUUCAGAGAAUCGAUGUGUGUGUCCGUCGGUGAAACCAGAAUGUCGUGACCUGCCUUUCUCCAUCGUGCACCGCUACAUGAGCAUCACCUCUGAGCGCCCUGUACCCUCUGACAUCUUUCAAAUCCAGGCCACCAGUGUCUACCCUGGAGCCUACAACACCUUUCACAUCCGCUCAGGUGAUGAUGCAGGAGACUUUUACAUCAGGCAAAUCAAUAAUGUCAGUGCCAUGUUGGUUCUGGCUCGGGAUGUCAGAGGACCCAAAGAGUAUACUCUGGACCUGGAGAUGGUUUCCGUCAACCCCCUGAUAAGCUACCAGAGUAGCUCAACCCUCCGCCUUUCCAUCUAUGUAGGACCUUAUGCAUUCUGAAAAAAAGGAAAGAUACCAAGGAUAAGCAGGGAAUUGUAAGGUGCUUCAUAAAUAGAACACUUUUGAAGGUUGUCUUUCUAGCGCUUCCAUAACAUCUUACUUAAACUAAUUUUGCUUUCACAAUUUUUACAGGGUCAUAAUAUUUAUCCAUUCAUUGUAGAUACUAAAAUAUCACAUGAAUGGCAUAAAUGGAUAUAGACUACUUUACAGUUCUUUCAAGAGAAUCAGAUAUUUGAGGAGAAUGCAUGUCCUUUAUGAUUGUUCAGAAAUGUUGAGGAGAAUGAAUGUCCUUUAUGAUUGUUCAGAGAUUAUUGAAAAUAAUACAAUACACGACGACGUUUAUUUUAGAAUUCUUUCAGAGGAAACCAGAACAGUAAUGUUUAUGUAAGCUGCAAUGUAUUUGCAGCAACCUUCCUAAUAACGUGUUACCAUGUACAAUGGACGAGUGUGCAUAAUGGCAAAGAAGUGCACAGAGCUCUGAAAUUUGGCACAGCUGCCUGUGAAAUGAUUUCCCCCUCAGUGUGACUUAGUUCAGCCUGAUUAUUCUGGAAUGUGUGAAAUCAUAGGUACAUUAAUUUCUCUCACUUUUCACCAUAGAUUCUCAUACACACACACACAUCCACACACACAUAUACACACACACACACACACACACACUCAUACACACACACACACACAUACACACAUGCAGACACACAUAUACACAAACAUGCGCACAUACAUACACAUACACACAUACACUCAUACACACACACACAUACAGACACACACACACGCAAACACACACAUCCACACAUACAGACAUAUAGACACACACAUGCACACAUACACACACAAACACAGACACACACACAUACACACACACACACACUAAACCAUGAUGGACUAUGUUGUUUAAAUAUCACUUGGAGAGUUAAACAAUCUAUGAACAUAUUAUUAUUAAUAUUCAUGUUUCCACAUACAUUGUAUCCGUAAACAAAAGGAACACAUUUGUUUUAUUGAUAAUCCUUCCAUAUAAAGUUCUAUAUGAAAUCUAAUUCUUGAUCAUCACUUAUUCCACAGUAAGUAACUGAUGACAGAAAACACCUCUAUGUCAUCAUGAUCAUUUCAAAGACGGUUGAAUAAAAUUGUUUCUUAUUUGCUGUUUUUUCUUAGUUAACUCAGCAGGCAUAGUUGUAUCAGAUUUUUGUUUUUAAGUCUUACCAGUCUGUGGUUUUCAUAGUUUCCUUUAUAUUUUACUAAUUUGCCAGAUGCUUUUGAUGCUUUUUUGAGUAGAUGAUGGUUAUGAUCUUUGCUCAGGAUCCCAACAGUGGUAGUGUGACAGUGCUGACAUUUAAACUUCUGAUCAGUAGACCAAUGCCUUAAAUCACUAAACCACUAACACCUACCUACUGUUCUAUAUCACUUACUGACAUUUUCUGUAAUGCUAUCAUGUUUAGCAUAUUGAAUAAUAAAUUGUCUGUGUAGUUUGUCAUUAGAAAAUAGAAAAUAAUCAACAUAAGUACCUGCAUUUAUAUCCUCAUUAAGGAGAUCCUAAUUAAAUAAAUAUGCUUUUUUAAAAGAUCAA